UACCACAAUUCACAGCAGUCAACCACAAAAUACUGAAUUGGUAAAGAUCCAUUUGUUUGCCUCAACUGUUGUAUGAGAAGAGAUUUUUUGUACUACUUCCAUUUGUCGUGUAGUGUGCAAUGCUAAGCAGUAAAACUUAAUGUAUACAUCGGAUUUUGAUAACAUUUUUGGGUUUGGGUUCAACCUGUCUUGUGUAUCAGGUGGACUAUUGGUACCUAGCAAAGGUUUCUUUGUUUUCAAUAACAUUUUUGUUACCGGUCAUGUGGUAAAAUUUUAAUUUCAAUUUUAUAUGAACUUAGUUUAUUUUGCUAAGUCAACCAUCAUCAAAGAAGACUUAUAGGAUAUUGUACUGUUGGAAAAAGGUUGUGAAAGCAAUAAUACAAAACUAAUAUUUUUUCGUCUGUUUCUGGGAUGUUACAGGAUUUUCUAUGAUACUGAGUCCUUCAGCCAAACACACUUCGGAGUCACACAAUUUUGUUUUUUGGCUGGGAAACUAGGCCUAUUUAACAUAUUUGUCGUAACCGAAUCAAAUCAGUCUGCAAAUUUAUUUGAGACUGACAAUCAAUUAAAGUUAGUAGUUGAUGAAAUUUAAAAAGUAGUUUUUGUGUUGUGGAGAUUUUUUGUUUCAGUUUAAGAGUGAGCGUCUUCAUUCUCGAGUAAUCUGGGUACGGUAAUAAAACAAUGAAAUGCAUUUAGCAUUUUAGUUUUUUCUAGAAUGUUCUCGGUGUGGGAUUUUAUUAUCUUAUUAAGGGUUCCAUCAUCAAUAGGAUUAAUCCAUUUAGUCAGUUUAUUUUUAAUCAUAUUAAAUGAAAAUCAAUGAUAUCAUUCAAUGAGUGAAAUAUUUGUACAAAUGUUAAAAUUUGAAGUACUUAAAUGCCACAAUUUGUAGAUGUGAAUUUUGACUCUAUGUCACUGGAGGCUGAUUCUGGUUGGAAAAUAAACAACACACAAUUGUUGUUAAAUUUGUUUUUUACAUAUAGUGAAAAAUCUUUCCCACUUGGCUUUUUGACUUAUGAGAUGAUUAGCUUCAACUGUAAUAGUAAUUUAACUUGUUUAAACCCUUUGAGAGCCAAGUAUUUAUUGAGUGGGUUUACCGAAAAGUACUAGGUAUUUUUCUAGUGAAUGCACCUAAAAGCCCUUUUAAAGGCAUUUUGCAAGGUUUCAAUAAAAGAUUUACAGUUUGAUUAUUUAAUAAGCUAUCAACAUAAAAUAAUAAACUCUGUCUAAUUAACAUAAAAUAACACAGUCACCAUAAUAUUAAACUUAGGUAUAUCAAACUGGACUUACCAAAAACAUUCAUAUCCUCUUCUUUGUCCAUAUAACUAGAAAGGGUAUUCAAUUGUCUAUAGAUCUUGAAAAAUUUAUAUCAUCACCUUCAAUAAUAAUCUUCAGAAACUAGUGUCACAUUGUUUCCGGUAGCCAUGUCAACCAAAAAUUUUAUAUAUAAGUUCUAGAUUGAUUUUCGUUAAAUUUAAUUGAUCGGAUAUGUACUAUAACAACUUAUUUUGAAAAGAACAGUUCUUCACGAAAUAGUUAAUAUGAUACUAGUAUAAAAAUAUAAAGUUUUUGAUUUUUAGUGAUUUCUUUCCCCGAACGUCCGGUAAAUUCGUUUGUUGGCACUUUUCAACCAACUUUUUACGUCUGGUAAAAUCGGAUGUUGGCAUUCAAAGGAUUAAAGUCAGUUGUCAGUAAAUCAUAUUGUUGUGGGUGUAUUGUCGUUAAAAUUAUGUAUUGAUUUAUGACAGUCCGUCCAAAAUGUAUUUACAAAGUUAACAGCGUGUCAUUAGUUCGAGGUGAUGAAACUUGUUGCAUGACACACACAAAGUUUAAAUUACUAAUCACAUAGAAGAAAUUGCAGGAGAAAGUUUAGUAGUGUUUAAAGUUUAAGAAUGUUAAUGUUGUCCUAAAUUCUUGAAAAUACAUGGGCCCUACUACAGAUAUUUGAGUUACUGUGGCUUUUUUUGUAUUGCAAGUAUAUGUUUGUAUUAAAUAGAAUAACACAUUUUUAAUGAAGAAAAUACUGAUAUUUUUUAAUAUACAGACAUUGCAAUACUUGUUUUGGAUUCAUUAAUAGAGAACAUUUAGUAUCAAACACUACACUAAAAAAACAAAAUUGACUUGAGUUACUUGAUAAAUUCAUUUCAGUGACUUAUAGUUAAUAGGAAUAGGCCUACAUAGGUGGAAUUCAAAUAUAGCACUGUGUAAAACUAAACUUGAUUUUAAUUAAAGCUACGAUGGCUUAUGGUUUUAGCAGACACUAGUUUAAUUUUUGUCAGAUUUAGAAUGUAAACUAAAUCAGCUAUUUUUUAUCAAACCUUCUUUAAGCAUCAAGUUCUCAAAAAUAAAUCUUCUGAGUGCUAAAAUCAUUAUUAUGUCUAGCUUGAGUAGCUAUCCAUUCCUCCAUAACACUGUAAAGACUGAGGACUAUUAUCACUUAAAAAGUUAAGUAUACAAUUCUUAAAAGUUUUUUUUAUUUGAAAAUGUAUUGCACUUCUUAAAAUGUCUUGUUACUAUAAUAUAUCUAUUCAAAAAAUAACAGAUUCAGUAAAAUAUCCAACAUUCAACUUUUCUGUUAUGUCCUAAUUUUUGGUAUGUUCUGGAUGUUCGCAAUUUUUCUUAAUUUUUUAAGUUUAGUGUGUAGUACUCAACCUUGUGUUUAGGGUGUAACAUCUGAAGAAAAGAGCAGCUAAACCUUUUCUUGAUUCAUUGUCUGUUUUUAUUACAUUGCAAAUGUACAUAAUUAUGUAACAGAUCAUCCCUAAUCGAUAACAAACUUAAACAAAAACAUGUUUUCUUAAUAUUGAAAAUAAUUUACCUAGGAGUGCAGUGUGUUAUAAGAGACUCUAAUAUUAACUGAAAGGCACAGCAAUACAAAUAUAUGAUAAUUAAUAUUAUUUAAGAGUAACUAGAUAUACGGUUUUGAUUAUUGUACAUUAUCUCUGAGUUAAAAAAAAGCAUAGUUAAUAAUUAAACCGGUAGCUGUAGUGUACACAUAAGUUGCUAAAGUUGUAAAUAAACAUGAUGUCUUACAACAUUUGCCUAGUAACAAUUCUUAAGGUACAUUUUACCAAUGCUUUAACAUACUCUAAAUAAGACUUACGUACAUUUUUUAAUGCAUUGAUUUAAAUGCAGUUUUUCUAUCUGAAAUUUACUUAAAGACUUACGUACAUUUUUUAAUGCAUUGAUUUAAAUGCAGUUUUUCUAUCUGAAAUUUACUUAAAUCAAGCUUUGAGGCUUCUCAGGCAUAAAUAUUAUUCAGUAUGAUGCCAUGUUUAUUUCAACUGAAACUUGUAAUUUAAGAUGCUACACUAGUGGCUUUGCGUGAAUGCUUGUAUGUGUGUUUUAGAAACAUCUCUCACGGUAAUUUUUUCUGGUUAUGCUUGCAGAUAUCACGUUCCCAUAUUAUCUAGGAGAAGGCUGAACUUCACCACCCCUCAUUAUUGUUUUCCCACCCUAUCCCAUUUUGUCAAUACCCAUCAAUUUUGUGCUUAGAUAUAAGUCUGUAGGUCUUUUACGUGGUUUUUAAAAUCAUUUCAGUACAUUCAUGAGUUUUAUACCAUUUCCUUUUAGAUAUAUGUAUCGGUGUGUGUUUCUUGAAUACUGGUACUAUAAUAAUUUUUAUUUACUUUUGACUGCACUUUUUUCUACCCCCAUUUGAGAUAUUAAUCGAGAAACAACAAAAAUAUGGGGGUAAUAUACUUUGAAAAUUAAAUUAAGUUAAUCUCACAAAUCUGUUUUAGCAGUAUUAUUCUAAUGGAGGCUAACAUUUUUUCCUUACAACUAAAGAGGAACAACUAACUUACAUUAGAUUUUAAAAAUCUAUUUGGAAUAAAUAAUCAUAAAAAUUGUUUAAUUAUAUUUUAUCCUUGUUUUGUAAUAUAUUUCAGUAUUUAUUUUAUCUUUUUCAAUAUUGUGUGGUCUAUAUUUGUAUUAAUUUAAUAUUUCUAACAUAUAUCAAACCAAUUAGAAAACAAUAUUAAAUUGUGAAAACACCUUGAUUCAAGACGGGUUUGCAUAAUAAUGAUAUAUAACUAGACAAUUGGUUCUGUCAUAUCAGUUGUCACACAAAAGAUACUCUUCUUCACUGAAGGAGUUGAGGCCAGUUAAAAGGGCAUAUUUACAUUUAAAAUAUAAUUAUAAAAAUUGCAAGUAUUUAAAAAAUGCAUUAUCUGAGUUAUUUGAAAAAUCAAAAUACAUCUAGUGCAUUUAAAAUAGUUCCACAGAAUAAUUUUGCGCAAUCAGUUACAAUGUGUCUUUAGUUAUUAUUUUUAAAUCUUAAUUUUUCAUUAAUCUAUGUUAAGUACUGCUGGAGUUAGUAUUACGCCUCAAUAUUGUGUUUGCCUAGAGUAAGGUUUCAGUAUGAAGAUAUGUAACUUAUUAUUUCUUUUCUGCUCUUCUGUGUUGUUCCAUGGUUAAGAGUUGCACGAGGUGCAGGUGGACUAGCGAAAUGAACGGUCAGCUUUGCAGACAGGCCUCCUACCCGUUGCGGACCCUCUUUCCCAUUUUUGUCGGCCCCAAUUUAUGACUUCAAUCAGACUGGAAGCCUUACACCUGGACCUGGUUCCCGGCUGGGGAUAAUUGGAAUCCUUGGAUCUCCACUGCCGAAGUUGACUGCUGAGCAGCAGGAUGCAGUCACCAGGGCCAAGAAGUACGCUAUGGAGCAGAGCAUCAAGAUGGUGUUGAUGAAACAGACCCUGGCACAUCAGCAACAGCAAGCUAAAUCAUUCCACCGUCACCAGGCAUUGGUCUUGAUGUGCAGGGUGUACGUAGGGUCUAUCAGUUUUGAACUGAAGGAAGACACUAUCCGCCAAGCUUUUCUGCCAUUUGGGCCCAUCAAGUCCAUCAACAUGUCAUGGGAUCCCGUAACACAGAAGCACAAAGGUUUCGCCUUUGUAGAGUACGACCUGCCAGAAGCAGCUCAGCUGUCCCUGGAACAGAUGAAUGGAGUCAUGCUUGGUGGACGCAACAUCAAGGUUGUAGGCAGGCCAAGCAACAUGCCCCAAGCACAAUCUGUCAUUGACGAGAUCACAGAAGAGGCCAAACAGUAUAACCGCAUCUAUGUAGCCUCCAUCCACCCAGACCUCACUGAGGAUGACAUUAAAAGUGUGUUUGAGGCGUUUGGACCGAUCAAGUCAUGCAAGUUGCAGCAAGGCAGUUCUCCUCACAGACACAAGGGCUACGGAUUUAUCGAGUACGAGACCAAGCAAGCAGCACAAGAAGCCAUCGCUUCCAUGAACCUGUUUGAUCUCGGAGGUCAAUACUUGCGAGUAGGUCGAGCCAUCACACCACCCAAUGCACUUCACGGCCCUUCAUCAUCCUCCAGCUCCAUGCCCACAGCUGCUGCUGUUGCUGCCGCUGCCGCCACUGCCAAGAUACAGGCAAUGGACGCUGUUGCCACCAAUGCUGUGUUAGGCUUGUCGAAGCUGACAUCCGCAUUGGCGCCACCCGCAGUGUUGCCAACCAUUGCCCCUGCUCUACAGACUCUGGCUCCUGUUAUCAGUAAUCUGGGAAUCCCACCUACACAACUGGGUUUGGUCCCGCCACCAGGCAUCGCCCUGCCCACCCCGGCCUUAGGCAUGCUGCCCGCUCCCUCUGUAGUCACCCCAGUCCUCGCCCAACCUCAGGAAGCUCUGCGACGCGCUCAUGAACAGGCUCAGCAAAAACAACAAGAAGAGCUGCAAAAGAAACUUCUGGAGGAAACGGAACCUCAGACCCUCCAGCAACAGGAGAAUAUGUUUAUAAAGGGUCAGAGUGCCAGGCACCUAGUAAUGCAGAAAUUGAUGAGGAAGGUUGAGAGCCGAGUCGUGAUACUAAGAAACAUGGUUGCUCCUGAAGAUGUGGAUGAGUCAUUACAAGAAGAAAUCCAGGAUGAAUGUAGCAAAUUUGGUGGUGUUGACAGAGUUAUAAUUUACAAUGAGAAGCAGUCAGACGAUGAUGAUGAUAAUGCGGACGUCAUUGUAAAAAUAUUUGUGGAAUUUUCGCAAAUGGGAGAAGCUGAAGCUGCAAGAGAUGCCUUGAAUGGUAGAUUCUUUGGAGGUCGGCUUGUGAAAGCAGAGCUCUACGACCAAGGCUUGUUCGAUCACAGUGACUUCUCAGGCUGAGUUGAUCUUCUGAUCACUCAUUUACCAAAGUGAUAAUCUCCAUGUUUGCCCUAAAACAAGCACGGUUUCAUUUCUUAACAUCUCUACUGUACAGUGUGAUUGGGUGCAUGCAAGUUUCCAAUCAGAUCUAGCCUAUUCUAAACAUUAUUAUUGUGAUAAAGAAUUUUUAUUUGUAUAUGAGAUCAUACAUGACUGUAAAUAGAGUAUAAGUUAAUUUCAAACUUAAGUAUUUCAAGCAAAAUAUUAGUUCAUAGUACAAACUAGAGUAUUGGAAAAUUAUGCUUUAUUGUUUUAGUUUAAAUAUUUUUAUACCAAAUAUCUGUAAUGUUAUACAUUUUUUCACAAAAAUAAAAUUUUGUAUUUGCAUUUCAUAACCAAGAUGUAUUUAUUGAACAUGUAGUUUGGUUCUUAGAAUGUAUGGAGGAAUAGGGAUUGUCUAUUACAGCUAUUAAAAAAAACUAUUUUCUUUCAUAUUGACAACCUGAGCAGAAAUAAAAGCUGUUUAGUAUAAGGUUUAAAAUUUAUAUUUAUUUCUCUUUAAAUUUUUGUUGUUGGAUUUAUACUUCGAUAUUACCAUGUCAUAAUCAGUUUUACUUUACAUGCAAAUUCUGAAACUAGAGCUAAUUAUUGUAUGUGCUAAAGAUUGUAAUAUUUAUUUUUAUUGAUCUAUUAUUCUAUCAAAUUGCAGAAUUUUACUUGUUACUAUAAUGUGUGUAAUCGUGAAAAUCAAUCAGUUGAUAAGAUAUUUGAUUUGAUGUUUAGAAGCAUAUCCAUUAAGAUGAAAGUUGCUAAUAAACAAAAGGAAUGUGUAAGUAAGCAAUUAAACCCAAAACAAGCAACUGUCCAAUAGCAACACUAUCAGCAUACUUUAAUUAGUUGUUAUGGCAAAUAUGAAAGUAAGCUUUUGUAGUUCACAUUGUAUUACUGUGCAAAAUAAAGUUUUAAUUUUCCAUUCCUUAA